GCUGGUGUUGAGACGGGGAAGAUGUGAUGAGGAGAGAGAGCGGGGGGUGGCCAGGAGAAGAACAGUCAUCGGCGAGGGUAUUUUGUCACGCCGGGGCUAGAGGUGGAGGAAAAGGAGCACCGAAAUCAGAUGGAUGUCAGUUUCCCCCAAUAAGAAGGGGGGAGGAGGAAGGAACAAAGGGAUGACCUUCGCAAAGAUCGGCUGAACCAGCAAAAUGCAGAUGGCACAGGCCGUCGUGGAGGUAUCGAUCUGUCCCUGGUCCGUUUGAGGGAGAAAGGGUGGUUUCGGAACCGGCGCCCGUGACGGUGUGGUCUGUUUGGGAGGAACGGAUUGAGGAAUUUGGGAAGGAGCAUCGUCAGCCCCCCUGGUCUCGGCAGCCUUCCCCCUCUCCUGUUUCAGCACGUACCUGCUGUGUUUAUUCUCACUGUCUCUUCAGAGGGCCUGAGCGUGUGUGGAGAUGUAUGCCUUCUACUCCCUGCUGGUCUAUAUCUUCUACUCCGUCUUCAAGAAGGAGGAGGAGGCAGCCCUGGAGGAGGAGGGCCCAGGAGGAGCCAGCGCGGGGGUAUGUAGAGAACCUGGGCAUGUUUCCAUGGAAACAGGGAGCAGGAGGAAAAAUGGCCACACCCCCAGUUUGAGAAGAAGGGGGUGUGCCCGGCAGUCUGACUCUGGCAGUAGUAGCAGUGACAGUGAUGGCCUGUCGCUCAGUGAAGAAGAUGAAGGCGAUGAAGAAGUCCCUGGGGCUGUAGCCAGCACCCCGCUGUCAGCCUUCCUAUCUUUUAAGCAGGAGGCAGAGAAGAGGAGGUCUUCUCAUGUUCCACAGGAAAUGGGUGGAAAGGUUGCUGAGUCGCCGCUGGUGGCGGUGAUGUCUCACCUGCUGAGCUUCCUGGAGCAGUACUCCCACCUGCAGCAGAUGCAGCAGCAGGCCGAGCAGUACCGCGUGCAGCUGAGGCGGCACCGGGUCCAGCACCGCCGCCAGGUCAAGGCCCUGCGCGCCUCCUACCGCCAGCGUCUGAGGGACAAGAGCACCGUCAUCGACAGCCUGGAGGAGGCCAUCGCCCUGCAGCAGAGCCCCCUGCUGGAGACUGAGGGUGAGUGUGAUGCUGCCCCAGGGGCCCAGGGAGGACUGCAUAAGUUGGUGGAGUCUCUGUGCGGCUUGCAGGGAGAGCGGUCUCAGCUGAAGGGGGAGCUGCGCUCUCUGCACACAGAGCUGGAGCAGAAAGACCAGGACCGACACUCUCGUGUGCAGGCCUUCCAGCAACAGAUCGACGAGUUGAAGCACUGCAUCAAGGAGCGAGAGGAUGAGCUGGCCAGACUGAGAGCUGAAUCUGGAGUGACAGACUCUGAGAAGCGAGUGCUUUGCCUGUCAGCUGAGAACGAGAGCCUGAAACAGAGUCUGAGUGUGACUCAGGGCCUCCUGCAGCAGCUGUCAGUCAUCCCAUCCCAGUCCAGCUCCAUGCUCAUCAAGGAGAAUGAGACACUGCGGAGUCGUGUUCAGCAGCUGGAGACCUCCCUGCAGCAGCGCGGGGAGCAGCUGUCCCUCCUGGAGCGCAGGAGCGAGCAGGCCGAGUGGAGGCGCGGGGAGGAGCUCCGGAGGAGGGAGGAGAGACUGAGGGAGCUGCAACUGGAGCUGGACAAGGAGCGCGGCAAAGAGCCCGUGGUCAAGUAUGUCACUCAGACAGUAGAGGUGGAGUCACCUUCAACACUGAGGCAACUGGGUGAGGCCAAAGAGAAGAAUGAACGAUUGGCUAAGAAGCUGUCCAAUCGAAAUGAGAAGUGCAGGGAAUUGGAGGAGCUGCUCAGGCAAUCAGACAAGGUCAUUGCUAACCUGCAGCAUAAGAUUGCUGCUUAUGAAGUGGAGAUUGGGAAGCUUCGGGAUGAGCUGCUGAAGGAGAUCGGGCACCUGGAGGAGCGUAAGGACGAAGCGGUGAAGGCUGCAGCUGACUGCUCUGAGCAGCACCUGCACAAUCUGCAGCAGCAGUUUACAGGUCUGCAGCAGCGUCUGGCUGCCCUCCCCCCGACCCUGCGCUCCAUGAAGACGGAUUAUGCCAGCCUGCGCAGCCAAGUCCGCAACUUCUCCGACUUCUACGGAGCUGCCAUCAGUGAGGCCAAGAAACAGCUUACAGCUGUGAUCAGUGAGAUGUCGGAGGCAAACAAGGACCUGCUGGAGAAGUACAGGAAGGAAGUGGCACUACGCAGGAAGUACCACGAGCAGCUGGUGGAGCUCAAAGGUAACAUCCGUGUGCUCUGUCGCGUGAAGCCUGUUCUGAAGGAGGACCAGCAGGAUGAAGGGCAGGCAGUUGUUGUGACAACAGACCCAAAUAACGAGUCCGCUCUCACUGUGAUGAGCAAGGGCAAAGGGCGCACAUUUGAACUGGACAAGGUCUUCCACCCACAUGCUUCACAAGAGGAGGUUUUCCAGGAGAUUGAACCUCUGGUGACAUCCUGCAUCGAUGGAUAUCAUGUCUGCAUUUUCGCUUAUGGGCAGACAGGAUCUGGGAAAACCUACACUAUGGAGGGCAGUGUGGAGAAUCCAGGCAUUAACCAACGAGCGCUGAAACACCUCUUCAGUGAGAUAGAGGACAGGAAGGACAUGUGGAGCUACUCUAUCAGUGUGAGCUCAGUGGAGAUUUACAACGAGAUCCUCAGAGACCUGCUCAGUAAGGAUGGGGAGAAACUGGACAUCAAGUUAAAUCCAGAUGGAACCGGCCAAUUGCAUGUCCCUGGCCUCAGGGUCAUUGAGGUCAGGAGUUUCCAGCACAUUAAAAAGAUUCUGGCCAUUGCCCGAAGGAAUCGGAUUACGUUUGGCACCCAGAUGAACCAGCAUAGCUCUCGCUCCCAUGCCCUACUCACCAUCACUGUACUGGGCACUGACCUGGCCAACGGUGCCAAAACCACCGGUAAGCUGAACCUGGUGGACCUGGCUGGCUCAGAGCGGGUGUGGAAGUCGGGGGCAGAGGGGGAGCGCCUAAAGGAGGCCCAGAACAUCAACCGCUCCCUGCUGGCCCUGGGGGACGUGAUCCAAGCCCUGAGGGGUCGUCAGACACACAUCCCUUUCAGAAACUCCAGACUCACCUACCUACUGCAGGACUCUCUCGGCAAAGGCAACAAGACAGCCAUGGUGGUCCAGAUUUCUUCUCUGGAGAGCAACGUGGGUGAGACUAUGUGCUCGCUGAAGUUUGCCCAACGGGUGUGUAAGGUAGAGCUGGGACCUGCUGCACGUAAGAUUGAAACUGCAGACAAGUGUGAAAAUCUAUCUUAAACCACCACCAUCGCUAUCCACCCAACCAAAACUCUCAGAGAAAGAUCCUGACACUGAACUGUAGGUCCGUAGCCUGGCUCCUGACUGGGCAACAGCUGUAAUGGUCUGAAAUCAGACAUUUGGGUUGUGCUGUUGGUUUGUGUGGUCAUAAAGAAGAAAUGGAGGGAGAAUGCCUGCUAUGGUGCUUGGAAACAGCUCUUCUUCCUAAACAGAGUUGCAUGCAAAACUAUAGCAUUUUCCCCAGUGAAACAGCGUCCCCUCAGUGCCAAAACAACCUCUGCCUCACUGACCUCUUCAUCGGGUGUCCCCUUCAUGCCUGGUGCUGUCAUGUUAUAAGGAGGAAUGGGAUUUAUUUGAUUCUGUGAUGAAAGAUCCAAUGAUAUAACUCUAACCGUUGUUAGGUAGUGUUCCACAGACAAGACAAGAGGACAAGGAUUUCAGUUCAGCAACAAAAAUGCCCAGGCAUUGCCACUUGCUAUGUAUGAGCUAUUACAAUAUAAUCUAUAUAUAAUCUUACAAUUUAUACAUAUUACUGAUUCAAUUAUACUUUAUAGGUUAAUGUUUAUUAGUUAUUAGCCUAUAGUUACUGUGAUGAGAAACUAUUAAUAUUUUGUGGGGAAAGUACGGGCUAAAGAAUAUUGGAAUUUUCACAAGGAUUUCUAAUAAUAAUCUUGUGCAAUCCAUAUCAUACUGAUACAUGGUUGAGUAUAAACAUGGUGUUUCCAUUAAUGUUUUCUGUCAUGUAGAACUCCAGUCGUCGCAUUUCUAUAGAAACAAAAAAUUGGUGAAUCGAGUUUGAAAUUGAUUUACCCUGAGCCGCUUUUCAUUGCAACAAAUUGAAAACAUUUUCUAAAAGAAUUAAACCUGGCGGCGGCUCAGUAUUUUGCAAACAUGUUGUAAUUUAAAUGCAUAAUUGCAGUUUACUGAAAAAUCGAUGGCUAUUUAGGGGUGGGAGCACCAUUUUUAUGGGAAGAAAGUAUUUUCUGCUUUUGAAAUAGAACCAAGUAGGUGCUUAGAACCAUGUAUGUGACUACUUCCAGUAAAUGUUAUGCCAAAAAAUAGCUUUGUUGUCGUUUUACAGGCGAGUUUCUACUAAUACCUAGCUAGCCAUUGCAGUACAAUUGACUAAGUUGUCACAUGAAGAUGUUUAUAUAACUGACAACUGAAAGAUAUCUCUUGAUAUUCCUCUUUAAGGGCUAAUUACACUAGCCAAAAUUGGAAGAGAAUAGGUUUUCUUGACUAUGCUAUUGGAGGAAUAUUUGAGGUUUGGUGCACUCUCAAUGUGCUAAUAUCUCACACACAUCAACGCUGCAAAAUAACUGGUCCACAGUAACAGCUGUAUAACUCCAGCAGUGCAUGUAUGUUUUUGAUUGGCAGAUUGCACACAUCACACAAAAAACAGUCUAAGCCAAUUUAAAAAUGCACUAAAUCUGAAAGACCAUUUAAAAAAAACUGUACCCUUUAAGGCAUUCUUACCACUAACAUAAACACCACCAUCAUUUUACUGUUGUGUCAGAUAGAGCAAGGGAUUGAACAAUGUGUGUACUCAGUGUUGAAAUAAAGAAUCUGACCCAUCAAAAUAUAAAGCCAUAGCAGCAUGUAGCAGACUUUACUUUCGGGUUGUCAUACAGUACAGCUGCCAUCAUCAAAUCUGGACCUUGAAUCCAAAUCUGCCCGUUUCUUUUUCUCCAAGGUAAUUAGCUGAACAAUUAGUGCUACUGAUUGGCCAGACUGUCUUCACAUCUGACUCCCAGGUAAAGGGGUGGAAAAGCAGCAGUUCUCAGACCUCAAAGACUGAAAUUUGAUGACCCAUGCAGUACACCUUCUGGAAAGUAAAAUUACCUCAAACAUCAGAUUUAUCAAGAUCUGAUUUAGCUGAUGAGUCUAACUUUUUGAUAUAAUUCCAUCAAAACGUUGCUUCCAACACAAAGGCUAAAGCAACAGGUAACUUUCCUUCUCCCAUAAUCUAUAACCUGAGAUACGACUACACGACUGUAGUCACUUGGGGAAAGGUUGCCUGUAGUGUAUUUUUCUGACAAAUUCUCUCACACAUACAAUUGGUAUACCAGAAAUGAUAAACUGUCCUCUUUAGUCUAGAAAACAAUGUACCGCUAUACUGUCACAGGGUACUAAUAGUAGUACUGUAUUUAACUGCACUUUAUCAGUGUGAUGAAUCCACACGUGAUGUGAUGGAAUGAGAUUUAGUGUAGAUGAUGCUCGGGUGGUAGCAGUAAAGUCAGAACAUCUGUAUUGUGCAUAGAAUAUUUUUCAGGUAUAUCCUGUUGAUGAAUUUCAGUUAUAUGCUGUCAACAAAAUAAGUAAGAUUCAUAAAUUUCUGUUAAUACCAGUAGCAGCUUGAGAACUUCAAAAAGCAGUGGCAGAAAUUGUACCUUUACGGACCAUUUGUCUGAACCAAAUUUUAUUUUACUUGAUUAUCGUGCCAAUAAUAUUUUCAAUUUGGACUGAAUUCCAAGGUUAUGGAAUUAUUUUUUUGGAGAUAUUAGUUUCACCUUCUGGAAUGGAUUAUUUGACUAAUUAUUCACCUUUAUUUAUACAGGAUAGGUUGAAUUGAAUUACUAAUCAAAGAGAAUUAACAGACAGAGCCAUCAAAUGUGAGAUUUCUGCCACCUCCUUUUAAAUUUUACCAGCUGCAUUUGAUAUGCAUUUUAAAUGUCCCUCUGGUUUGGACAGUGAAAACAUGAAUCCCAAAGGUAUUAAUGUUUGUACAAGGGCACAAUAAUGUACAACUUCACCUCAAAAUCGAAAUUAUUUUACUGGAAAAAGAUAUUUACAAAAAUGGAUGUAGAAAUAAAAGGUGUACACAAACAA